AUGGAGGGACAUUAGUAUAAUUUUAGCUCAAAUUAAUUAAAUUCUAUUCAUCAAUGUGAUGACACAUUAGGUUAGGAGUAGCGAUCAUUUAACAAUCAAAGAAUUCGUAGUAGAGCAGGGAGUGUAGUGCAAAAGGAUAUUCGCCAUAAUGAAAAAGAAGAAUCAAUAAUCAAGUAGGAGGAAAAUAUGACUACUUUUAUGAGCGAUUACUAAGAAAGAUCUCGUAAAUUAACAAAUGAAGGAAUUGAAAAAAAAGUAGGUACAAGUGAUUCUUUAGAUUUUUAAGAAGGUACUUAGGAAAAGCAAUAAAUUAAAGAGGAAGAUGAAGAGAGUGAAAAGAGUGAAAGAGUAAAUUUUAGAUAAGAAGUAUCAUAAUUUACAAAUUCAAGUAAUGUAUAAGAGUUUCAGAAUUAAAAUAGAUCUUCUUAACAAAAGGUUUCGAACAUAUUAGCUUCUAUUGAUAAAGAAAACAAUCAUGAGCAAAUUAUAAUUCUAAAGAGUGAUUAAACAUCUAUCGAUAACUAGAGGGUUUUAGAAGAUAAUUUACAAGGCAUUUCUCCUAUCAAUAAUAGAUAAAGUCCUACUCAAGAUAUGCCCUUCCUUUAACCUACCAUAAACUUAAUAAGCUUGUAGAAAAUAGAAAAUAGCUAAUACCAAUUAUGUCCAAUUACUGAAUAAUCUGAAGAUUAAGUUUCUCUGGCUAAGAAUUAAUUCAGUGACUAAAAAAAUAGUUAAAGACUUUAUACACCUGUAUUAAAUCCUUAGCCAGUGUAGACAGCUAUUUUUGAUAACCUUUCUAAUUCAGAACCUCAAUAAUAAAAAGAUUUAUUAGGAGAAAAUAAAAAUAGUCCUAAGCAGUAGUUUUAAAGUAUAUUAUCAGAUAUGCCUAGAGUUAUGCUUUAUACUAUAAAUAAAGGAUAAGCUAUUUCUUAACCCUCUAGUCCUUUACCUAUUCCUCUUCCUUAAAUACCUUAAGUCUAGCCACUUUAAUUUCAAUAACUACAACUCCAAUAAUAAAUAUAGUAGUAGCAGCUACAAAAUAUACAUCUACAAGGUUAAUCCAAUUUAGUAAAUUCUUAAAGUUAUUCUACUACAAGAUCAUAAUAAAAGCUCAUCCAUCCUUAAGAAUAAUAUGGCAGUGGAUAAUUUUAUCAGAUACCUCAGUAAAUUUUAUAGCCUAUGACUUUUAAUGAAUUUAAUUAAGCAUAACAAAAUAGUGGGAUUAAUACAUUUAAAAAUACUUCAAGCGCUAUGUAAGAUAGAAAAAUAUAUGGUGAAUUAGAAUUUUCUUUAAAUGGAUUAAACACCCAAACAAAUAGCAAUAAUUAUAAUAAUAGUAGUGGUAAUAAUAUAUUUAAUCAAUAAUAAUAAGUAUAAUAGCAAUAAACAAAUCAAAUAUUAGAAAAGCUGAUUUAAUAACUGUAGAGCGUGAUAAGGCAAAAAGAUGAAUAAAUUUAACAAAAAGAUAACACUUUAUACGAAUAUACUUCAAAGGUGUCAAAACUAGAUGAACUCUUCAAAAACAUUUCAUAGUAGUACCAGAAUGAAAAUUUCUAGUUAAAAGAAUAAUUUCAACUUUUACAGAACGAGCUAUUAUCAAUAAAAAGAUAAAAAAGCUCAGUUUCUCUUUUAAAUCAACAAAAUGAUUAACUCAAACAAGAAAAUUAAGAUUUAAAUAAUGAAUUAAAAGAGUUGGAGAUUUAAAGAAGAGUACUUGAAUCUAAGUUAAAAGAAAUUAGUGAAGAAAGAGAUUAAUUUAAGUAGUAAAUAACAGAAUUAAAUUAAAUAUUAGAUAAAGUAAACUAAGAAAACAAAAGCUAUAAAAUAUCUUAUAAAACACUAGAGAAAUAAAAUUAGGAUCUACUUUAGCAAAUAAGCACUCUUAAAGCCGAAUAGAUGUGCUAAGAAUAUCUUAAAUCACACUAAAGUUAUAUAGCCACAAGUACUCAACUUGAUUCUUAAUAGUUUUUGAGCAAUCACUAUUCUAAAAAUUUUAAAACAAAUAUCAAUAAUAAUAAUAACAGCAUAAAUAAUAACAAUAAUAAUUUAAAUAAUUUAGUCCUUAAUACUUAAGAAACCUCUGAAGAAAACUUAACUGAAAAUAGUAGUAGUCAUUAAUUAAAUUAUGUUGGUAAUUCUAAUUUGUAAAAUACAAAUAAAUUAUCUAAACUUUAAGAUAAGUUGCUUAACUAGUUAAGAGGCUAGUCCUAGUUUAGCUAAAAUUCUACUAAUUCUAAGCAUGAGAGAUCAAGUAGUGCCAGCAUAAAUUUGCUGAGUGGUAAAAAAAACUUAAGUAAUUACUAGACUCCAUCAAGAUAAAUUUAAAGUAACAGAACUACAAAUAUAUCUGCAGGGAGAGAGAGAAAUCCUGAGCAGCAUUAAAAUGGAAAUUAAUAAGAUAGCAUGAAAUUUGAUCAAAACCAAGCAGCUUACAAUCAUUAAUAUACCCCAUAUUCUGGAAGAAAUAUUUCAAGUGGUAGUAGCAGUGGAGGAUAAAAUUCUAAUUAGAUGAGCUCUUAUCGACUUUUAUAGGCUACAAGAAGAAAUCAACAAACAUAGAAUUCUGAGGAAAAAACAGUUACUUUUGCAAAUCAAGAAAUUCCAUAAAUGAUUAAUGAAAAAAUAGACCCAAAUUUUGUAGAAAGCGUUGCACUAGAGGACUUACCAAACAGUAAGUAGUCUGAAGAUUUAAGAUACUAUUCAGCUUAAUCUAACAGUAAUAGAUAGCAUUACCAUGCAGGUAGGCUCACAGAUGUUAAUAACUCUCCUGUUAUAAACCCUUUUACAGAAAACUAAGCUACCUAAGUACCAUCAAGUAGUAGAGCAAAAUCAUUUUCAAAUUACCAAAAUUAUUAUGACCCAAAUAACGCAGAUAAUAAUAGAUUUAAAAUAACUCCUGAUAAACCUUCAGAAUAAGGCUAUAGCAAAGAGAAAUUACCUAGCCAAGAUUCAGGCAAAAAGGAAUAUCUUAAUUAAAAUCGCCCUAAGUUAAAUAAUAUAAAAGGAUAUUUAGGAGAAUCAUAGAAUUAUAAUUAUGAGCAGGCGAACUAAAGUUAAAAAAAUGGCAGGUAUGUAAGAUAAGAGUAAUAAACUCCUCCUUCAUUUAACAAUGAUAAUUAAUUAUUUAGUAAAAUAGCUCAAACUAAAGCUACAAAUAAUUAUUUAUUUAAUCCUUAAUAUGAAUAACUAUAAAGCUAACUUAAAAACCUGAAAGAUUGCUAAUAAAAUCUUGAAUAUGAAGUUGGUAAAUUGAGAGGAGGAAGAGAUGAGGACAAUGAAAGAAAAAAUAUGUUAAAUUUAGAAUUAACAAUAAUAAAAAAAGAAAUAGCAUAAAUAUAAGCUAAAAUGACUAUGGUUUGA